ACUCCCGCGCAAGCCUUGAGCCAGUCCCGCGCCGCACACCGUCGCACGCGCACGGCCACCAUCUUUGAAAAAAAAAACGAACCAUAAAGUUAAAAGUUUAGUGAUAUGUGUAUUCUGAUCUAAAGUGAAAAGUGAUAAGUGCGGUGACCAAGAUGGCAGUAUUUAAGUUUAUGUUGUGUGUAAGCUUUCUUACUUUCCGGAGUUCUUGCCAAAGGUUCAGAAUCGCAGAUAGAAUGCACGCCCGAAGUGAUGAAGGUGACAGUGCCCAUGGACGGCGACAGGCAACUCUCAUACCUGGACCAGCUUAAAGACUACAAACCAUGCAAGCCAGCCAUGGAGGACAACGUGGCCACAUUCAUGCUGGACCUACAGGAUCCACACACCUGUGGGGUCACGAGAGUGCUCAACAAACUUACUGGCAAACGCACGUUUUACCACAAGAUCGUGAUAGAAACGGCAGGCGGUCGCGAAACGCACACGGUGCGUUGCGUGGCUGCUGGGAAACGCGUCGCUAGGGCUGUGGACUUCCCUUUAGACCUCAUUGAGCCUGAUGUAAUAAACAUCACUAGAAACAAACAAGGUUAUGGGCCUGAUCCCAUCCUAGCGGCUGUUGUCAAGCAAAAUGGGCAGCAAGUGACAGGAGAGAUCUCCGUGAGUCCAGGGACGCCUCUGUCCAUGGAAAUCAACCUGGACGAGAAAUCCAAGUCUGUCUAUGGUCUCCUGAUCAACUACAUGCAUGUUACUGACACUGGGAAGCAGCAGGAGACUAUUAUAUUUAAUGGUUGUUCCGUCGACCCGUACCUCUUCGACAACUUCGUAACGACGGACGAUGGAGUGCUGGCAGCCAAGUUCAGGGCGUUCAAGUUCCCUGACACGUCUUAUGUGCAGUUCAAGGGAACCGUUACUGUGUGCCUCGAUAAAUGUCAAGGGGUACAAUGUACCAACGGAGUAACCGGCUACGGACGCCGGCGCAGAUCCAUAGCCUCCGGAGACAACUCCAACAAGGUGUAUGAGGUGUCUCUGACAACCUUUAUUAAGGUUGAUUGGAAGGAGGGCGAGAAACAGGCAGAAGACGUCCUAGCUCUUCUCAAGAACUUGAAAGUGGCGAAUCAGCGGCUAGAAGACACCGAGGACACAGACUCGAGUCCAAUAGUUCUGUACCCUGAAGAAAUAGUGGCUGACUCCGCCACUGCUCUAAGAUGUAGUGUACUUGUAGCUUUAAGUUUAUUAUUAGUUCUGUUUAAGUAAACAGUUUGUACAAGCUCGAUUAUUCAAAAUAAUGACGUUAAUACAAGUUUCAAUUUUGUUACAAUCUGAUAUUUUCGCCUACAGGUCAAAAUUUUGUCUUGUAUAAAUAUUUACAAAUGUCAGAUAUUUUACAAAUUGAGGCUUGUAAAAUUUUGUGGAUAUGGGAGUGUCCUGUAGCAGGUACGAAUUAUAAGAGCUAACUUUACAUGCCAAGUAUAAUCCAUCACUAUAGGACUUAGAGAUCUGUCAAUUACCAAAUCAAUAAGAAAAGAUAUACGACGCCACUUGUCAACGAAAAAAAAUGUUUAAUACCUAUUAAUGUCAAACCACUUUUGGUGAUAAAAUACUAAAAUAUUUAUGAACGACAUUGUGUCGUGACUGUCACCGAAUGAGGUAAAACCAUUGAAUUUAGAUUCGUGUGACUUUUACAAAUGUUUCUGAGCAAAAGGGCUUGUAAAAACUGCUAAGUAUUGUAAGCAUGAUCUUAUGAAUAUAAUGUAGUCACACAGUCAUGAAGAAUCUCAAUCUUUGAGCAUUGGUAAAAUGCUAUUCAGAUCUCAAACUGAAUAUUUUGAAGUCUAUAUUUUCAUUCUUAUCAUUCGUCAGUCAAAUACGGGGAUCAUAUUUUGUCAAGGAAAACCAAUCUAAGAACUUAUGAAUUUCCACUAUUUAGGAUUUGGCCGCCAUGACUAUUUACCCAAAAGGAGAGAACAGUGUUAGAAAGUAGGUAUUCUGAUUCAUUUUAUCUGCUAUGGCUGGCUGUGGCGGUAAAGAGAUAAAUGUUAAAUGGGUUUGACACAUACGUGUUGUCAUGGGCUGACAACAGAUGUAAUGAGAAAUGAUUUUUCUCGUAUUUUCACGAAAACACACGAAUAUAUCAUGGUAUUUCAGUCAGUCUCAGUACAAGAAGGACUAACGUUGACCGAACUAGCCCAACAAAUACGAACGUUUCCGAGAAAAUACCAUGCAAAACUAUUAUGCACACUACAAAAGUAAGAUACUCUUAUGUAAUACAUAUGAUUGUAUAAUAAUAUGUUGUCAUCUCCUUAGAUGAAGUUAUUGUGUACUUACUAAAGAAACCUAAUACUUUAGCUUUGGAUCGAAGAUAAUGUAAAAAAAAAGGAAAGAAGAUAGACGUAAGACCAAUACCUCGUUGACAAACAACGAAUUUAGUUUUAAGCGAAAAGUGAUUUUAACUUAUUUUAAGAUGCCCUUUAAUUUUUUAAUUUAACUAAGUAUCGCUUUUAAUUGGCAGUUUCGCAUUACUUUGAAGUUUUUUAAGUAAUAGCGUUAGAGUUUUCAAGACAUCUAUAGACGUCUUUAUAUUGCAUCGUGCGUGAAGCGCCAGAUGUUUCAAAAAUAUUGAGAUUUUGAC